CUGCUGCUCUCUCUCUCUCCGAGCUCUUCAUCUCAUCCAUGGCGGCGAUGGGCGCCGACAUCAACACGGCAACCCCGGGCGAAGGUGGCGGGGCCUUCGUCGUCCUCCUCCUCGCCGAAGAACCCGAAGCGCUUUGAGAUCGAGAAGUGGAACGCCGUCGCUCUCCGGGCCUGGGGUACAAAACCUAAUCCCCACUCCCCCUUAGAUGCUUUAGCUGUUAGCUCCAUGAUCUAUGAAGAUAUCGUCGUGGACGGUUGCGCUAUAUGCCGUAGCCACAUCAUGGAUCUCUGUGAGCUUGAUUUGCGACAAACACGUGUAUGUAAUCAUGCCUUUCACUUUCACUGCAUUAGUCAGUGGCUCAAGAAUCGGCAAGUGUGCCCUUUGGGUAUAUAUUUCUCACCUCUGAUUAACUUAGGGGCCAAAAGGGAUUUAAAAAAAAAAUGUAUCCCUCAUUUAGGAAGCAUGCUAUCCCUCACUUUAUCCGUAGUUAUCCCCAUAAUUAUAUUAAUUAUCCUCUAUCACUAAUAUUUGAGGGACAUUCGUUUCACCGAUUUGUAAUAUUUAAGGAGUCCUACACAUGUUUUUAUUUAAGAAACUCAAAUUGUCACCAUUCAAUUCAAGUUGGGAAGAUGUAAGAGAUUUUGGUGGAGUGGUGGAAUCAUCCUAGGUUUCCAACUAGUGGGCAUAUUACAAUACCAUGAGUGAGGGGUUUUGUCAUUCCCAUAGCUGAUAGAAAUGUGUAUUCCAUCAACAAGAAUAUACAGAGUCCCUUGCUCCCUCCAGACCCAAGUGCCAUGGGAACAAUUUCAGCAAUCCACAUAUAAAUUGUAUGGCAUUCCGAAAUGUUACAUUUUUUGAAACUAUCGACCCCUUAUUUAUUAAAUGCAUAAAUAGUGCCUAUAUUUCCAUGACAUUGCAACUUUGUCUGUCAAAUUUUCACUUGAACAUUUUAGUCCUUGAAUUUUCAAAAAUUUUGCGAUUGCAUCCUGCUCUCAGUCUGCCAUCCAACAUCCAUCAAGUCAUGUGCUUUGCACUGUUCCCGCUCCAUGAAAUGAUUUUACCUCCAACUUUAUUUUGGUACGGGGUUGAAACGCUCAUUUCAAUGUGCUUGUGCAUAGAGAAUGUGACUUGACGAAUGUUGAUUUGCAGACACGGCCGUGGAUGCAUUUGCAAAAUGUAGAUAAGUUCAGGGACAAAAAUGUUUGAUUGAAAGAGUUCAGUUAGUAAGUUUUGUAUUUAUCUCCAUGAUCAUCACAUGUUGGGAUUAUCUAAAAACAAACUUAACAUUGACUUCAUUCCGAGUCGUCAUUGUUGGUCGGAUGAACUGGGGAGAAAAUAUUAUGCGCAAACAAACCCUCAAAUAUUGUGUGUUUCAGCUGAUAUUUGUUGUAU